AUUCUAUGCACCACGUGUGUGUUAAAACUGCAUAUGUAAACAGGCGAAUACGAUACCUACGAUAGCCGAGAGUUCCAGGAAAUUAAAGUAGAAACAGUUGUUUUCCUGGUCAAUACUGAACCCUAUAUUCUUGCAAUAAGAAAGUGCCGAAAUGGCUCCUCGGUGUGGGGUGUGUUUGGAAGAUAACGUAGAGGCAGGCCAUGAGCAAUCGCAGAAGCAUUUGAAGAACUUACUCUUGGAUCAACUUGGGAAGAUCAAUAAGCAAUACGCAGACAACAGAAACGGCAUAGUGGUCACUAGUACAGUGACCCCAGUAGCAUACAACGCAGCACCGUUUCACGUGGAUACAGAUCAGUCUGUACUCAAAGUAUCUGUAAAACCGCGCGAAGGGGUCAACUUUACGUUUAAAAUAAAGAACGACAAUGAAGCCGACAUUAUCUUCAGAGGAAUCUCGAUUCCUAACAACAAGUUCAACUUUACCCUUCUCGACGAAAACUUAAGUUUCGGUUCUGUAAGCUGCCGUAUACAUCCAAGAACAUUCAUGGAGGAAGAAGUAUGCGUGACUUUCGAGAACAGUAUCAACGGCGUGUACAAGCAGCCAGUAUACUUCAUAUUCAUCCACGCGGACACUGAAGAGUACACUGUGAUACUGAAGGAGAUGCUGGUGUACGUGGAAGCUGUGAAGAGGAAGCAUGAGAAGGUGGACAGCCCGUACACGCUGCAGCCAAUAUUGGCCGAUAAACUGGAGAGGACCACUGCGCACAAGAAGGGAGAAGAUGACGUAUUCGUGAUACCAUCAAAAGUUUUGAAGAAAAUAUUCUUCAGAGACUUGAAAGUCGACGAGGAAGAUGGCACCGACGAAGAGAAGGCGCUGGUCGCUAAAGUCAAGGCUAUUUUCGAGGCUGGACCGCACGAAUUGAACUAUGUACAGUUUUUCCAUAAUUUAUUGUGGUACGAGGAAACAGUUGUUGGAGCUAAUUUGAAGAAUUAUAACAUGUCGGGCGUGACGCUGAAGCGCAGUCACUCAGGGAAAUCAUACUCUCUCGUGGUACCUGGUCUGGCCGAGAAACGACCAUCACUAAUGCUAGGUGAUUUGGUCUACGUCAGGCCACACAACCAAACGGAGGUGAUGUAUGAAGCCAUCAUCACUGACAUCCAAGACAGUCUCGCGCAGUUCAGCAAGAUAUCUGACAAGUUCCACAAGCUCUAUAAGAAGGAGUCAAAGUUCGACAUUCGCUUCUGCAUGUCCCGCAUGCCUCUGGAGCGCAUGCACGUGGCGGUGGACAACAUGCGCCGCGAGCAUAUGCAGACCAAGACCUUUCCCAAGGGCAACGAGGUGGUGCCUGCCAUCAAACGCAUUACCAACUUCUACAACCCGUUGAUAGCCAACAACGCGGAGCAACACGCAGUGGUGGAACACAUCGUGGCUGGGAGCAGUGGCACCGCCCCUUAUUUACUGCACGGGCCGCCUGGCACCGGCAAGACGGUCACCAUCGUUGAAGCCAUACUGCAGCUGGCCAAGUCCCGGUCGAACCGCAUACUAGUGUGCACACACUCGAACAUGGCGGCGGAUCACGUGGCCACCCUGCUCAUCCAGUACGCCGACAAGUUCCCCGGGGAGCAGUUCCUGCUGCGUGCCAACUCCGAGUUCAGGGUCUGGGAAACGAUGCCAGAAAUCCUUGGCCCCUACUCCAAUGGCGUCUGUCGCGAGUCCUGGACCAGGGUGACCAUCGCCAAGUUCAUCUCGUACAGCAUCGUCAUCACUACGCUCGUGCACGCCGCCAAGUUUGCCAAGGAGCUGAAGCAGAAGAACAAGGAACGCAUGACCACUCACGUGUUCAUCGACGAAGCAGCACAAGCCAGUGAGCCAGCCAGCCUGAUCCCACUCUGUGGCCUCCUGAAGCCUGGCGGAGCUCUGAUCUUAGCUGGAGACCCACUGCAACUGGGACCCGUUGUAAUAUCAAAGGAAGCUAGCAAACUGGGACUAGGUGUAUCCCUCAUGGAGCGUUUGAAACGGGACUGCGCUCUCUACAGCGACGAGCGCCGGGACCCCAACUACAUCAUGAUGCUGAAGAAGAACUUCAGGUCUCACCGAGACAUCCUCAGCAUUCCUGACGAGCUGUUCUACCAUGGACAACUGGAGGCCAUGGCGCCUGUGGACUACAUCAGCAGUGUGGAUAUCCUGGGAGAGAGGCCGACCAGUCGUGCCAUCGUCUUCUACGGCGUACCGUCCCAGGAGCAGAGGAUCGGGAAGUCGCCCAGCUUCUACAACGACUCGGAGCUAGAAGUGGUACAGAACCAUAUUACGAAACUGCUAGAGGUGCACCGCGUGGCUGAGGCGGACAUAGGCGUCGUCACACCUUACAUAAGACAGGUGUACAAAAUGAAGCAGUGGCUGAAAGAACGCGAGCUCAACAUCGAAGUGGGCACUGUAGAGGGUUUCCAAGGCAAGGAGAAGCGCAUCAUCAUCGUGUCCACUGUUCGAGCUAAAUGCGAGCUGCUAGCACACGAUGCCAAGUUCCGACUAGGCUUUCUUGUGGACGCAAAGCGCUUCAACGUGGCCCUAACCCGCGCCAAAGCCAAACUGAUAGUCAUCGGCAACCCCGCCUGCCUCCAGAAGGACAGCAAAUGGCGGCGCUACAUCGCCAAGUGCCGUGAGCUCGGCACCUACUGCGGGCUCGACUUUGGAGAAUCUGAGGCAGCUGAGACUGAGGCUGUAGACCAGAUAGCCCAGAUCCUGAGGCUGACGAGGGCGCUGGAGAAUAUGAGGGUGUGAAAGAGGCUUUAGGUUAACUAAUAGAUAAAACUCCUUUUGUGUACCUACAGUAGUGUUAGCCAUGUUCAAUUUAUACAACUAGUAAUGUAAGGUGUAUCCAUGUAGAAUCAUGAUGAGACUCGGGCUAUAGACCACAUAUUUAGCCUAGAUUCUUAGGCUGACGAACGCGCUGGUAAAUAUGAGGGUGUGAAUGUAAUGUUUGGUGUGAAAGCGGGUUUAGGUUAAUGACUUAGUUACGACCCCUUUUGCGCUUAGUUUUACAUUUUAUUAUACUACAUUAUUAAAUUGGACACUAAUAUUCGUAA